AUGAACUCGCCUCCUGGCGGAGUCAAAACCGCCCCGCAUAGCAGACUGGCAUCCGAAACCCUUACCAACCGGCUUGAAAACCUGGCCGAAGCCCAGCAAAACGCAACCCCAGAGCCCGAAGACGCGGAAGAUGCCGAAGAGUCCUACAGAUGGAGAUGCGAAGAGCUGCGUAACCAUUUCACACCAGCCGAAGCCGAAACGUACCGGAAUGAUAUCGCUAGCUCUGCAUAUUGGAUGGUGGAGUACAAUCAGUACAAGACAGCCCUAGAGGACAUGAUGUUGCAGAGGGCUCGGGCUGCCCAGGCUAGGGAUCUUGCCAUUUGCCCCUGGCAGGCUCUCGCAAUGUCCUACAAAGGCGUUUUAAAGCGCUGCGGGCUCUCUUUGGCGGGGGCGAAGGAAAUCCGACAUUCUAUCGACGACCAAAUGUAUUGGCGGCUUGAGGCAGAGGUUUACCAACAACGCGUGGCGAGCCAGGAAGCCGGGAUGAGAGCACGUCAAAUGGGCGAGCGUAAGAAACAGCCGUCGCCUAGGCAGGCGGUACAGAAAGGUCGACCUCGGCCAAUAAACCAGAAACGGCCGCCAGAGGGCGGCAUUGCGAGGAGGACAAGGUCACAGACCAAGACUUUAGCCAAGGCAGGAGUGGUGAAGCGCGUAGAAAGAGUUCGGCGCUAA